UCCUCAACAUCGCUCUUCUGUGUCAUGAAUAAGUAGGAAUUGGCAUGUGCCUGACUGUCCUAACCUACGACUCGGUGUCAACAUCGGGCAUUGACUCAAAACAGACUCGACGUCGCCUUGCCCUUGUCUAAUUCGUCCACUUCCGAUUUCAUUCCCUCCUUCAUUUUUCUAUUUACCACCAAGUCACCCAACGUCCUUCCGUCGCCGCCCGCUGUCCGCGUUCUCGUUCAUGGCGAAUGGCAAAGUCGACGACCUUGCGUGGUCCCAGCUGCGCCCCAGGCGCUCGGAUCCGCAAUGCAUUGUCGACUCCAUCCCCCCCGAAGACAUGCAAACCUUCCUUCGUCUAGUCGCCACCAACCCCUUUCUUCCCUGCGAUGACGCCGCUGCUAUUCGUAGAAAGAUUGCUAACUUGAGGCUCUGGAGAACAGACGCCGCCAACCCAAAUACCAUCACGAAGGAAUUUUCGUUGAUCAGGCCGUCUUCAAAACGCAGAAGGGAAGACUACGGCGGUUUCGUAGUCAACGGAUAUGCCGCAAGUGUGCGCGAUACCGAUUCUGAUGACGAGCAGCCCAAGAGGAAACAUAGACGCUCGUCGAGGCCCGCGCUUUCUCCCCUUGUACCAAAAACACAGCUUAGAGGGGACUCUCCGCAGAGCGAUGACACUCCCAACAUCGGUGCAGAGUUUCAAGCGGACAUCCCAGCGGGUCCAAUGCCGCGGGAUUACUGGACAAAGCACCCGCCCGAGAUUUUGUCGAAAGUCGUCUACGUCGAGAGCAAAAUUGGUGGCUCCAAGGCAGUGGACAUGUUUCUGCGCAAUGUGAACGUGAAGAAGCGUCGCCGUGAUGGGUUUCCACUAGCUCCUUAUGCUACCGAGGUUGCUCUGACGAAGCUUUACGGGCUGCGUGGAGAUCCAGUACAGGCUCUCAAAACGGCCAUGCGUGCCCUGCCGCGUGGUCCAUUCUUUCCGGGUAUCAAGGGCUACUUUAAAUAUGAAGAGCAGUGCAUAUUUGUGAGGUCGCUUGCCGAACGGUCAAAGGAAUUUGGGCAAAUAUCAAGAGAGAUUCUGCCCCAUAGAUCCACCUCUGAACUUGUCUGGAUGUACUACACACGCCACAAACAGUUAACGAUGCAGAAUGGCGGGAUCAAGAAUGGGCUGGUUCUGGAUGACGGUGGAGAGAAACUAAAGAGAGUUGAGCUUAGAACGGAGAGGAUGGUUAGCUCUCUGCGGAACCUGGCUACUACUGCCGGUGACGGCUUUCCAGUAGAUAGUAGAGUUGAGCGUGCUGUGUUGGCCUGUCGCCGUGUAAUGGUGCAACGGCGGAAAAAGGCCAGGGAAACAGAGAUGUACCGCAGGGUUCCUCGCCUUCGUAACCAAAAUGCUCCGUCAUGACUAGCCGAGUCGCUCUUCCGCGAACGAAUUUGCUAAACGUCCAGGU